UCUCAAUAGGUUAUGGGCCCCGGCCUUAACUGACUGACUCUCGAAAAACUUUCUCGUCGCUCUCACUCCACAACUGCGUUACUAGGAUUCCGCCUGAUCCGCGCAAACAGAUUCGCCCCUCACACUUUAAUCAAUUGACAUUUGACACAAUAUGUCUAGCGACGCAGCAUCCUCCGCCUAUCGCAUCCAGCACCUCACUGGCGAGGACAACAUCCAGACGUGGACUGUCAAGAUGACGGACAUCUUGACAGACAUGGGUCUUCACGGCUACCCAUCCGGGACUAUCCCCAAACCAGCCUUACCUGACAGCGAUGCCACUGUCAUUGCCUGGUCCGAGAAGGACCGCCGUGCUCUAUCUGCAAUCCGACUGCGCGUUGCGGACGGGCCACUCAUAUAUAUCACGGACGCAAAAACUUCGCAGGCCGCAUGGGACACGUUGAUGGCCACCUAUCAGUCAAAGGGUGUCAUCGGCAUUGUUCUGUUGCGCCGCAAACUUUCACGUACCACAUGCGCUGAUGGCGCUGACAUCGAAGAUCAUAUUCGUACACUUACCUCCAUUCGCACGCAGCUCUCGGCCCUCGGCUCCCAAGUCGAGGACAAAGAGUUCUGCAUCAUCCUCCUCACAUCUCUCCCCGACUCCUGGGACUCAUUCAUCCGCGGCGUUGACACCUCUGCCCUCACCACUCCUGCUCCACUCAUUGCCCGCAUUCUCGAACAGCAACAUCAGAUGACCAGCCGAUCCGAAGCGAAUGAAGUCGCUCUUGCCGUACGUAACCGUUUCCAAGGCAAAGGCAAGAACUCGAAGGCCAAGUAUAACGGCAACAUAUCUUGCUUCGGAUGUGGCAGACCCGGACAUGUCAUUGCCGACUGUCGCGAUACAAAGGCAGGCAAGACAUUUACAAAAGAACAAAAAGAAAGGAAUGCACGGGGAGACGGUGGGAAGAGCGGAAAAAAUCCUAGUUGGGCACAUGUCAGCCAGGAUCAAGGGAACAAUUCUGAAACAUCUGGCUGGCAGAUAGCGGCGCUACUAAACACAUAGUACGAAACAAAACACACUUUUCCUCUUAUUUUGAGACCCCGCACCACACCGUCGAAGGAUUUGGAUCAUCACCAAGUCCUGGAAAAGGAACUGUCAACAUCACGUCACAUGUCGGAAACUCGGCUUACAAACUCCGACUCGACAACGUACUCCAUGUCCCCACUGCUCCAUUCAACCUGCUCUCUAUCGGAGCAAUGACAAAGGCAGGACUUUCUGUUCAGUUCCAGGGGGAGAUAAUGAAGGUUUUCACUCUGGAUGCCAAACCCCG